AUGAGGCAAGUUAUUUUGCUUCGCCAUGACCUGCUUGCGCGUCCAAACUGGACGCUUGGCUCGGUCAUAGCACAGGCCAUCCAUGCAUCGAUCGAUUGCCUACAUCAAUACAGGAAUGAUACAAAUGUAAUAAAAUACACCUCCGAUGGUGCUCGAGGGUCCAUGACCACGAUCAUAUUGGAGGUCCGUGACGAGGCCCAUAUGGGCGAGCUAAAAGAUGCGCUUUUGCAUGCGUGCAUUGACCACACCAUUUGGGUGGAGCAGCCCGAAAAUAUGGCCACUGCAAUUGCACUGAAGCCUUACGAAAAAGAGGGUUUACCUUCAUUUUUGAAAUCGCUGAAAUUAUGCGCUGGCUUGGUGCGACAAUUCUCUUCGGCAAGCAAAUGCCUGUCCGGGCUAUUAGGCUCCAUGAGUACAGUUUCGUCUUGCGGCGUGGAAAAAUAUGGCGGCAGAUACAACGUCACCCUGAUUCCUGGGGAUGGCAUUGGGAAGGAAAUGUGCAAUUCGGUGAAAACAGUAUUUAAGGCAAUGAAUGUGCCGAUCGACUUUGAGGAAAUCGAGGUAUCUGGAUAUUGCAACGACCCAUCUCAGCUAAAGGCCGCUAUUGAGUCGUUGAGACGUGUCUUUUACACGCCCAUCAACACAUCGCAUUGCUCUCUCAAUCACCAAUUGAGAAAGGAAUUGGAUUUGUUUGCCAACGUCAUCCCUGUUAAAACAAUCCCUGGAGCCCCUUCUCGAUUUACAGAUAUCGAUUUUGUCAUCAUCCGAGAAAACAUGGAAGGUGAGUACUCUGGUCUUGAGCAUCAGAUGGUAUCCAGGCCUCAGCAAUUUGAUGUCAUGGUUUGCCCAAAUCUUUACGGAAGCAUAUGUGCUAACAUUGCUGCGGGCUUGGUCGGUGGCCCAGGCGUGGUUCCUGGUUGUAAUAUUGGACGGUAUGUACUUUUUGGGAUUCAUUUCAGCGACAUUGCUAUUUUUGAGACGGGAGCCCGGCAUGUGGCCAUGGACUUGAAGGAUAGAAACCAGGCAAACCCAACCUCUAUUCUCCUGUCGGCAGCCUGGCUUCUUAAGCACUUGGGCCUCGGCGGCCAUGGCAGCCUUCUUGAAAAAUCCAUCUUUCAGCUUAUUGCAGAGAAAAAUGUUCGUUGGCUGUUUGCUUUUAUAAAUCUAGGUGAGGACUCCCGAUUUUUCCGGUAA